CAUUUGAACCACAAUGACUUCAGCGACAUCUGUUUUUUAUUUAACGCCUCUGCUUGUCAUGAUAGUGGCUCAUACGGCAACUUUGAAAUCGAUGUCUUUACUUAUGGAAUCAUCUGAUGUUGGAACCAACGUUGCCUUGCAGUGCCUCUGCCAAGAUAAUACAGCAGUGAUGUUCUACUGGUAUAAACAAAUACUAGGAAAGAAACCAAAGCUUGUUUGCUCUUUCUACAAGCAUAACAAUAUUGGCAAUUUUCAAAAUGAAUUUAAUAAUUCUCGUUUCUCUCUAGAUACUGAAAACCAUGGCAACAUUUUGCUAAAGAUAUCAGAUUUGAGGAUAUCAGACUCAGCAACCUAUCAUUGUGUAAAGAGCAAUUUAGCUGAGUUUAAAUUUUGUGAAGGUACGACACUCAUUGUAAAAGAUUUUGGAUUAAACCUCAAAACUUCCCGUCAUCAGUCUGAAACUGAGCCGAUCCUAUCAAGAGGCUUUGUGACACCGAGCUGUGCAGUGCAAACUGGGUAUUAUGGUGGAGGACACAGUCUUUACUGGUUCACAAAUUACGAAAAAUAUCAUCCUGGACUAAUUUACAGCCAGGUAGGCAGUCGGGAGCCGUCUGAGAGGAAACCCAACACGUCAAGAAACAGCUGUGCUUUCAGUCUGUCGACGAAAAACAUGAAUAAGUCACAUGCUGGGACCUAUUUGUGUGCCGUUGCCUCAUGUGGACACUUGCUGUUUGGAAACAGGACCAUCGUGCCUGCAGAAGGUGAAGCUGUCUCUAGUGUCUUGGUUUAUCUCCUGAGUGGGACUUUCGCAUUCUCCACCCUUCUGGUUGUUUCACUGGCUUCCUUGGUGUACAGACUGAACAAAAGACAAAUUCAGCAAACAGAUUGCAGUGACACAUUUUCUGCAACUACACAGCUACAUCAAGAUGCCGAAAACACCCAAUAUGCUGCUGUAAAUAACCUCCAACCCAGGAUGUCAGGAAGGACAAAAGACAUCGAUCAUAAACAUUAAUUAUCCUGUGACUAUUUCAUUUCUGCUUACUCACCCCAUGUUGAUUUGUUUAUUCACCAUAAAUUGUUGUUGCUGAUUACUAAUAAUUAAGCUUGUUAAAGGAGCUAUAUGGACGAUAUUUACUGUAAAAAAAAAAAAGGCCUAAAUUGUACAACACCAUAGACCUAUCCUGUGGAAGUAAAAAUUCAAAACAUCAAUUCAGUUUAAAAACAGCAAGUUAGAUUGUUGUGACCGGCAAGCUAUUGUACCGAUUUGAGCCACAUAGUGUCAGUAUUACUUAUAGCUCCUUUAAGUGGAUUGAUUAUUUAAUUGUCUAGAAUUCUUCAGUUGCUCACUUACUCUCAACUGAUCGUUGUGCAUUUUACCUUUGAUUUGAUUCUUAGUUAGUAGAUGUGUAUUUGUUAUUAGUUAAGGAGUUUGUGACUCAAAUAGUUUUGAAUGCAUCAGGGCAAUAUAUAGUUUAGAAGUAAAUUCAAACAGGGAAACUCAACCCGACAGCAUCUGCAUCCACUGACUGUCUCAUCAUGUGCCCGUCUUCUGUGGGGGUCCGAGCACCAAAGAAGAACCUUUCUAAUUUAUGCCAAUAAACCUCUCUAAUUGCCUCUUCUGUCUGUGUGAUUCUCUCCAGGUUGAAUUGGUUUAAUAAAUUCUCAUAGAUUAAGA